AUGAAGGUGUACGAUGGAAGCUGCCAUUGCGGCAACAUCAAGUAUACGGUGGCGCUUAACGAGGCUUUGGCUCCCGAGGGCACAGGCAUCAUCACACGCUGUAACUGUUCCAUUUGCACGAAGAAUGGCUACUUCAACGUAUAUCCUAGAAGGGAGGAUGUUGUCUUCGAGAAUGGUUGUGACAGCAAGCUGAAGUCAUAUCUGUUUGGAAAGAAAAGGAAGCCGCAUCGUUUCUGUCCCGAGUGUAGCAGCAGCAUUCUCAUCGAUUUCAAGRACAGCGAUGUCGAAGAUCAAAGACCAUUGCUUGCUAUGAAUGCAAGCCAUUUCAAGGACAUCGAUCUCGCAAACGCCAGCUAUUUUUACUACGAUGGCAAGACCAAGCUGGAUCCUCCCUAUCAAGGUUAA